UACACUCAAUUUUCUCCGUCACAGAUUCUCCAAAGUUGUUUCGUAAUUUCAAGCUAGAGUUCCUUUCAUGGCCUCCUCCACGCCAGAUUUGAGCCGUCUCAAACCCAACCACGCCUCAAACCCGUCUCGAAAGGUGCGAAUCGUCGGCAAAAUCAGAGGUUUUACAGAUCAAGAGUUAGGGUUUCUGAGCAACUCUAAGCCUUGGAUCACUGUCAACAAAUCUUCAGACGAAGAUGCUUCAGGAAAAGUCACAAUCUCGUUUGGAGACAAAGGAACCAGGAAACUGUUCAGCGGGGGCAAAGUUACGGCUUCUAAGCAGACAAAGGUGCCAUCAGAUGAUUCUUUAGCCACAAAGUCAUCUAAGAUUCUCCAAGACACUAGUUCCAUCGUAGCAUCAUCUUCCUUGCAUGAAAAGACAGAGGUCCCACCAAAUGAUUCUGUAGUCACAAAGUCUGGGCUUCUUCAAGAUGACACUAUUUUCACCAUAACAUCUUCCAUGCAUGAAGAAGAGGCAGAGGUUCCUUCUGAACCUUUUCAGACAGACUCUAUUUCCAUGAUAAAAAGAUUAAAAACUUCCCUGCAUGAAGAGAAUUUUCCUCAAGGCAUGGAAAUUACUUCAGGCAAUCAUGGUGAAGCAAUAGGAUUCACAAGCGGAGAAGUUGCAGGCUUCUACUCAAUUGGCCAUAAAAUUGCCAGAGGGAAGCCAAUCACUUCUCCUUGAUGCAGUGGAGCCUAAAUCUCCAGUUGUUGAAAAUAAUUUUCGGGUUAGUGAUAAAUUGGAUAUCACCAAGUAUAACAGUCCUUGGGAGGCAUUUAGUGUGCGCAAAAGGAUUCCUUUGUUGGAGAAUAUCUCAAGUUUAUGAACUAUGCUAGCAAGUGAGUGAUAUUAAUUUUUAUUCUUUUUUCUCUAUUACUGCUCUCUACUAUUUCCUUGCACUCCAAUGCCAGUGGCAAAUAGUAGCUUUGUACUUGGUUUACUUUUCAUGCUCCUCUUCUUCUAAUUUGCUACCUAUUUCUUUUGAUUUAUAGGGAAGACUUGAAACGAUUAAUGGAUUUGUGCACAACAACUCCCUGCAGCUAUAUAUUCGGCCUCGGUGGUACUGGUUGCUGUUGAAUUUUGCUUUUUGCUGAACCAAGAUACAAGCCUUCUCCCUAAGAACUGGCACGUUCCGAAGGUGCUUUUUCUAUCUAUCUUGCAUCCUGCAAAAUCAGCAUCUGAAAAACCAGUUAGAGUAAAGUCAGUACCUUUAGUAUACCAUAAUCCAACAUUGAUUGUGCCCUUCAAGUAUCUUAUGAUUUUCUUUGUAGCUGUGAGAUGACUCUCUUUUGGAUUUGAUUGAAAUCUUGCACACACUCCCACGGCAUAAGAUAUGUUUGGCCUGCUUGCAGUGAGAUAUAGAAGUGGACCAAUCAUUCCCCUAUACUUUGUUUGAUCGACAUUCUUUCCAUCUUCAUCUUUGUCUAGCCUCAAUGCUGUACUCAUUGGUAUUUUUACUGAAGAUUUACCAUCAAUGCCAAAUUUCUUGAUUA